CGGGAGCGACGACGCGGACGCGGGCGCCAGUGUCACCACUGCGCCACUGUACCGGCACCGCUCUCGUCGGCCACUAACGGGACUCAAACUUGUGUGAAGAGUUCACCCUAAAUACAUCACCUUCUUUUAGCUUGGAAUUACGCACCUUUUUUUUUUUUUUUUAAGGCUUUUUCCUUCUUUCUUUCUUUUUUUUUUUUUUUUGGAGCAGAUUGCAAGGAGUCAAGUCUGUUCGUCAUCUUCAGGACCAAAAAAAGAGAAUCGGGGAUCGUGAGGAGAUCAUAUCGCAGAAAGUGACCCUCCUGGAUAAUUACCACCCGCAGUCAUGGCAUCGACUUCAUAAAUUCCGGACUAAAAAACUGUAACGACUGGGUCGCAUUAUACUGCGGGGGUCGUUCUCCCUCGAUGCAGCAGGAACUCCGGAGGCGACGUGCAGGGGCUUCUUCGGUUUGAGGGGAGGAGGCGAGCUGAGGUGCGAGUGAAUGCAGCGAUGAUGCCCUGCACCUCCUGUUGUUCUUAGAGAGGCAUUGGAACACACCCAUUAAAACAGAGGGGACCAGGAUGAAACUGUGGGGGAGGACAGUUCGGCCUUUGCAGGUGGCCUAUGUCGUUGCCUUGGCGAUGCUCUGCGUUGACCCCGUGUCCGCUGGCAACCGCAGCCAUCGGGGAUCGACAGUCUCCUACCAGGUGAAGCAGGGGACAUGUGAGGUCGUGGCUAUCCAUCGCUGCUGUAAUAAGAAUAAGAUUGAGGAGCGUUCCCAAACUGUCAAGUGUUCCUGUUUCCCCGGGCAGGUCGCUGGCACCACCAGAGCUAGACCCUCAUGUGUGGAAGCCUCCAUUGUAAUCCAGAAAUGGUGGUGCCAGAUGCAUCCAUGUAUGGACGGAGAAGAAUGUAAGGUCUUGCCUGACUUGACCGGCUGGUCCUGCAGCACCGGCAAUAAAGUCAAAACUACAAAGGUGACACGAUAACAAAAGCGCUACUUGAUCAAGAGGAACCAUGGAAUUUUCCAAGUGGAAUGACAAAUUUACAUGUACAAUGGAGACAAAUAUGAUCACACACCAACACAAAAUGCAUCCUCUGUAGAUGACGUGCUUGUGGCUAUGGUGAGGGGACUACAACUUCGGAACACCCAGGGUACAAGUGAAAUGGAAUAGACUCUUAUUUUGAAGCCCUGUGGAUUGAUCGGGACGUCAAUUCUUAAGCAUUUUCAAAGUAUAUCUCUCAACAACACAUUGGUGGAUGAGUGCGACGUGCAACACAAGAUGUACGUAGACACACAUUCUGUCCUUUUGUUAACAUUUAGAGCCUCUAUACUGGAACAAAGAGAUAUCAGCUCAUAGCAAAUUAGCAUCGAACUGCUCUUGUGGGUCAAGUCACCGCCGCAAAGACUGUUUUGUGCGAGUCAAUUUGCAGUUCUAAUUAGGAAUUGCAGUGUACUCUAGGACCAUAACAACAUAUUAAAAAUUCAUGUAUGA